AUGGAUACCCCUCGCUAUGUGUUCGGCGCACAAGGAUUCGGUGUCGCCUGGACAGUUGACAAUGUUGACCACUUGAUGAAAAGCCUCGCGGAGGCUGGAAUCCAUCAAUUCGACACCGCCGCCUUGUAUCCCGCUACCAAUCCUGGUGAAUCUGAGGAGCUGCUGGGUAAAAAGAAGCCAGAGAAUGCAGUCAUCGACACAAAGAUUCUCUUCAUGGGCGAUGACUCUUUGUCCUUCAACAACAUGGGAGCCUCGAUCGAAGCCAGUUUGGAGCGACUGCAGAUCAAGCAGAUUCACACCAUCUACGCUCAUGCCCCAGACCGCAAGACCCCGAUCCCGCUUCAGGCUGCUUACUUCGACCAUUACUAUCGUAAGGGCUACUUUCAGAGAUUGGGUCUUUCGAACUACAGUCCGUCCGCAAUCCGUGCCUGGAUGGAAAUCGCGGUAGAGGAAAACUUCAUUAUGCCUUCCGUCUAUCAAGGCCAGUACAACGUGUUCUGCCGAGGCUACGAGGAUGAAAUUUUUCCCGUACUUCGCGAGUUCGGCAUUGCCUUCGAAGCAACCUCGCCGUUGGCAGGUGGAUUCCUCACCGGGAAGCUUUCCUAUUGCCCUUCACCCGAAGAGUUAGAGGGUACCCGUUUCGAGGUCGGUGAGGGCAACAUGCUCGGUGCAGUCUACCGUAUGUGGUAUGACCAGCCCGUCUAUCACCAAGCGAUGCGACGAUUGGACAAGAUUGGUAAACGGCUAGGAACCACCGGGGCCCAAUGCGCCCUGCGUUGGUUGCUUUUCCACUCCAACCUGAAGGAUCCCGACCGAAUUGUCAUCGGACCAAGCACCUUGAACCAGCUUCAAGACUAUGUGGACGCCCAGAAGGCCGGACCACUUCCAGCUGACGCAGCGGCCGAGAUCAAUGCGCUUUGGCCGGCCCUCAAGGAAGUUGCGGCGACGAUCAUCGAGAAGGGAUGGUGGUCUCUGUGA